UUCUGCCCAACCAAGUCCUGCCUCAAUAAAUUCUACGACUGAAUUAAUGAUUAGUAGUCGGUCGGAAAAAAAUUAUCAUAAAAGUUCCUUAUUAAAUGAUGGGUAUCGAUUAAAUUUGGAUAAUACUGCUGAAUCUUGGUUCUAUUACUUUGAAGUAACUAUACUAUCACAUCCUAACGUAAAAGAUACUACAAUUGCUGUUGGACUUACAACAAAACCAUAUCCAAAUUUCAGAAAGCUUUUUCAGUUUGUGCUAUUUGGAUUCAUGGGGCAAUUAUGGAUUAUACCAUGUGGUUAUGGUUGGGCUCGGAUCUAUCCAAUUAAAAUGUCGGCUGGACUUGGAUCUAAAUAUAUUUUUGCUAGAUUACCUGGUUGGAAUGAUCAUUCG